CCAGACAAACACGGAAGUGGAUGAAGCAGAGAGCCAGAGGGAGACAUGAUGGAGCAACACCGCUUUGACAGAGUCGGCCUUCUGUCGCCUCUAGAGGAGUCCAGCGCGGAGAUCAGCAGAGACAGCGGCAUCGUGUCUCAAAGUGCGAGCAGUCUGUCCAUGGUCAGCGAAAUUCUGAGCAGCGGAACCGUGUCGCAGAGUCCCAGCUUCGGCGCAGCGGCGGCUAACGUUAGCCCUCAGAGCCCGUACGGAGCGGCGGAGCCCGGGACUGCCGAGCGGGACGAUCCGGAGCCCGACCAAGACCUGAGACACACCGCCCUCAGCUACUCUGCCUACAUCAGAGCCAGCGCCGGAGAAGAGAUCCUUUGCUUCGAGAAGAGCUUGGAGGAAAUGCUGACUAGAGUAGAUGAGUUUGUUGGCAUGCUGGAUAUGAUCCGUAACGAUACCUCCCAGAUAGUGAAUGAAAAUCUACCUCAAAUCCAGCAGAAAGCUGAAGAAAUGAGACAACUGUACAGGCGAAUUGACAAAUUAGAAGCUUUUGUAAAGAUGGUGGCAGAAAACGUCAGUGCCAUGGAAGAGCAGGUCUCACAGGCAGAAGGAGAACUAGGAACACUGCCGAGUGCUUUCAAGAAGAUCCUCCGCACGAUGACUGUCCCAGGCUUCUUAAACAAACCAGCCAGCCCAAGAAGACCAGCACCACAUCAGCGUCAGGAGACUCCAAAUGUGUUCAGGACAGAUGAUUAUUUCACGUCACAGCCAGAACAGUGACACACGAGGACAUUUCAACACGUGACUUCUGACCUCAGAGGCCCGCUGGCUGGUAGAGUUCCACUGCUGUUCACUGCAAAAGGAUUCAUCGACGCCACAGCCUCAACGAAGCAAUAGCAGUCCUUCUGAACAAGUCGCUGGAAGUCAAACGCGUUUAUGACAUUCAGUUUUUGAGUGUUCUUCUUCCGGCAGCACUGAACUGUAGCAAACUGACUGACUUAUUUUUUUUUUAAGUGCCUAAGAGGUCUUGUUUUUCAAUAAGUGUGCAGAAAAUAAAAAUGUGAGCAAGGAUGGAGACGUGGGACACUGAGAAGAUGAUACAAUAACAGGAGCUGUACAGAUCUUAAAACUUAAAGCUUUUUUAAUAUCUAUAUAUCUGAAAUUCCUAUUACUUUUUUUAUUAAACUAAGAAAAACCUGCAUGCUGUUCUAAAAACAUCUGUAUUUCUAAUAUUGCAUCGGUCUCUCCAAGCAACAGCGAUCUCAUUCCAUUUGAACAACUGAUGUCUUCCAGCGCUUGAGAAACGUCACUGUGUAGCUGCCUCUGGGUGACGGGUGCUUAUAAUUAAAAUGGAGGCUGUUUCUUUUUCGCCAUGCUAAAGACGAGAUGUUUGUGCCUCAAGUGAAGCUCGUAGAUCAAAGUUUGGACCAGUGAUGAUGAAUCUGUGAUCCAGUAUUGUAACAAUAAUUUGACACACCUUCAUUCUAUUAAAACUAUUGAACCACAUGAUGCUCCACCCCACCCCUUCAAAUAAGGUUUAAUCAGCUGUCAUUCAUUAGUUGCCAAAGUAGUUCAAAAAGAAGAUUUUCAAGUUUAUUAUUAUGAAUGUUUUAUAAGUAAUAAUUAAAUUUGAUUUCUGGUAA